CUUCCUGGGAUAACCGGACACAUGUCGACCUCUGGCGUUAAAACUCCGACAAGAAGUUUUUUUCUGCUUUUUUUUUUUUCAUGCGACUUUUCCUGCGGCUGCCACGUAGCUGCAACUUCCUGAAGGACGAGAAGUUUCCCGGGAGCAUCUCUGGUCUGAGUAACUGUUUGUGCUGCAAACGAGGAUGUCAGCUCAGAGACGGAUCCGAAACCUGAAGGGCCUGACUCCAAUAUGCACAUAGCACAGCAGAGGCAAUGGAUUGCUCCGUCCUCCUGUUGGCCAGCGUGGUCUCCACUCUGGGCGGCCUGGUGUUCGGUUACGAGCUGGGCAUCAUCUCUGGCGCUCUGCUGCAGAUAAAGACAGAGUUCGGCCUCUCGUGCGUCCAGCAGGAGGCUCUGGUCAGCUCCUUGUUGACCGGAGCCUUGCUGGCCUCCAUCGCUGGCGGCUGCUUGAUCGACCGUCAUGGCCGCAGGAACUCCAUCCUCCUCAGCAACGUCCUGGUCCUCACCGGCAGCCUGGUCCUGCUCAUCAGCUCGUACCCGGCGCUGGUGCUGGGCAGGAUCACGGUGGGCUUCGCGAUCUGCAUUUCCUCCAUGUCCUGCUGCAUCUUUGUGUCGGAGAUGGUGACUCCUGACCGAAGGGGCUUCCUGGUAACGCUGUAUGAAGCGGGGAUCACUGUGGGCAUCCUGGCAGCUUAUGCUAUGAACUACAUCCUCUCUGGGUCUGAAACUGGGUGGAAGUGGAUGUUUGGGUUGGCUGUGGUGCCGACUUUGGUGCAGCUGGUCUCCAUCUGGUUUCUCCCAUCCAACGCUAAGGAAAGUUUCAGCCAAACAGGCCUCAUGGAGACCAUUGAAACCCAAGAAGCAGACGACUCCAAAGUCACCUCCAGCAAAGAAAACAGGACAGUUCAGUACAGCAGCUUGUAUCUGUUCCAGCGCCACGACAACAUGAGGACUCGGACCGUCAUCGGGCUGGGAUUGGUUCUGUUUCAGCAGUUCACGGGGCAGCCCAACGUCCUCUUCUAUGCCUCCACCAUCUUCCACUCGGUGGGGUUUGAGAGCGACGCCUCGGCAGUGCUGGCGUCGGUCGGUUUGGGUUUGGUCAAAGUGAUCGCAACUCUGACGUCGAUGGUGUUUUUAGACAGAGUGGGGAGGAGGCCUCUACUCAUCAGCAGCUGUUCUGUCAUGGCUGUUGGUCUGAUCGCCAUCGGACUCCUCAGCGGACAAUCACUGAUGAAAUCUAUUAAGCCGUGUGAUUCUGAGAACGUCACUCUGGUCAACAGAACACAUCUACCUCAAUCACCUGCUCUCAGUCCAGUAGUUUUGGAAACACCUCUUCAUGAAAGUCGGCAUUUUUUCAGUAACAACACAAAAGAUGAAGAUCAAAUGUCUGAUAAAGUCAGACAGGUUCCUCCAGAAUCUUCUCCAAACGUCCACGGCACAGUUGUGAACUGGAUCAUUCUCAUGUGUAUGAUGGCCGUUGUCAGCGGAUACUCAGCUGGAUUUGGACCAAUGACGUGGCUCCUCCUGAGUGAAAUAUUUCCAGCUGCUGUCAGAGGAAGAGCGUUCGCUUUCACCAACUGCUUCAACUGGGCUGCAAACCUGCUGGUCACCUUCACCUUCCUGAAUGUCAUUGAUAUGAUCGGUCUGUCUGGGAUUUUCCUUGUGUACGGACUGACCGCUGUGGCAGCUGCCGUGUUCUUCUACUUCAUGCUACCAGAAACCAAAGGGAAAAGUUUGGAGGAGAUAGACAAGGAGCUUCGGUUGAACAGGUUUUACUACAAUGAGGAGUGUUGCAGCUUCAUGAGCCGCAGAAACACAUCGCCUCAGUACCAGAGAGUCCACUGUCAAUGUAGCACCUCAGGGUGAAAACUUUAUCAUUAUCAUAGGCAUCACUAAGUCAGUGUUGUGGUAUACGCUUAGGGCAUCUCAAACAAUUCAAACAUCAUGGAAAAGUUAUGUUUUUGUCAUAUAUUCUAUAUUCAUUACAUGCAGAGUGAAAUAUUUCAGCCUUUUUUUCUAUUGAUUUGAUUAUUAUGGCUUGUAGCUCAUGAAAAUCAGAAAUCCAGUAUCUCAAGUUAGUAGAAUAUUUCCCAAGAUCAAUCAUUAAAAAGAAGGAUUUACAAUACAGAAAUGUCCAACUUCUUACAUGUAGGUUCAUUUCUACACUCAAUACUUGUUUGGGCCUUUUCGACAAUUUUCCAUGUGGGGCUGUUUAAAUAAUAAAUUACUCAAACUCAUAAUGAAGUACUCUUAUAUUUAUGAGAUACUGGAUUUUCAUGAGCUAUAAGCUACAGUCAUUCAAAUUAGGGCUGCAACAACGAAUCGAUUAAAUCGCUAAAAAUCGAUUAUUUAAAUCGUUGGCAACGAAUUUCAUUAUCGAUUCGUUGUGUCGCGCGAUUCAUGCGUCACUCGCCAUGUCGCAGAGCCGUCUACUUCACCUGCAGGGCUUUGUCAAUGCUGGUUGACUGAAAUAAAGUUUAAAAAAACGUUGCUAACGUGAGUAAACUAUUGAUAGCAUUGAGCUAAUAUCUACACUCCAUGAUGUAACUGCUGACUGCAUGUUCAGAUGAGCUUGUUCAAAUCUUUUUUUCUUUUUUUUCUUUUACAUUCAGCCUUUAAAAAGCCAUUUUCAACUGGCUAUUCAAUAAAUAGGUUGUACAAGUAAAAUCUGCAGUCAGGUGUCAUUUGUUUACGUUGUCACGGCUCCCGGGCAGCGUGCCGCCGCUGCUGAAAAAAAUUCUAGAGGAAACACUGCUUCACUACAGUGAUUUCAUUUGCUCUGUCAGUUCAAAUCUUCUAUUCAAGACUAAAGCGGCGGGAAUUAAAAUGUGUUGGGGUUUUUUUUGUCCAAUUAAUCGAUUAAUUGGAAAAAAAAUAAUCGACCGAUUAAUCGAUUAUUAAAAUAAUCGUUAAUUGCAGCCCUAAUAUAAAUAAAAACAAAAAAGGCUUGAAAUAGUUUACUUUCUAAGUAAUAAGUCUAGAAUAUAUUAAACUUUCACUUUCUCACAGUGUGCAUCACCAUCUGAUACACACUGUGGGUCAGGAGAUAUCCAUUUCCCUUGGAUUUGGGUCACUUUUGACCCAUGUUGCGCAUCAAAGGGUUAAAUAGCUGAUGAAGAAUAUUAAAUGUUUACAUUUUUAGAGAUGCACUAGUCCACACACUGAAAGGAAUGAUCCAUCUGUUUUGACAGAAGAGCACUUUACUGUGUUGCCCCUGAUACUGAAAUACAGCAGUUAUGAAAAUUAUGGACCCCUGCUGAGUAUUUAAUGAUUGAAGAUCUGACUAUGAAGUUUUGGGGAAGUCUACAGCCACACUGAUAAAAAGCCUGAACACAUAAGAAAGAUAAAGGGAUUGUCUCAAAAUCAAAGAAAAAAAAUUAUAUUACAAUAACAAGGCAGUGAUCCAAGACAACGUUCUUGGGUGUGGAAGAAAGCACGACAUUUCUAGAGCAAAUACCUGCAGGAGGGCCCGAUGAAGGCUGCAAUAAAAGCCUCACUGCUCUUCAGUCAUGACCAGAAAGCACAAGAAAAAGAAUGUGGAUCACCCUGUAGACUUCUGAGAGUCUGCAGUGUGCAGUGAUAAGAGCAAACUGGAACUGUCAGCAGUAUGUCUGAUGUCAGAGCGACAAGAAAAACGCCAUCUAACAGUCAACGUUGAAGCCCACAAACCAAAGACUGUUAGUGAGAUGGAAGCCUGUAGGAGACUACCAGAGUUGAUGGAGGUCAUAAAGGUCAACGGAUGGUCAUUAAAGAGUUGUUUUCUUCUGAGUUUGAUCAUGUGAAUCUUUCUGUUGCAACUUCAGACGUGUUUUUGAUUGCAACCGAUAAGGUGUGUUUACGUAAUAUUCACUGUAUAUUUAUUUACUUGUUUACCACUCGUGAUGUAAUGGAUCGUGAUUUAAAGCUGUUUAUAUUCAUGUCACCUUGUCAUCUACAACAGCAGCCUUUUUGACUCGUCAUAGUUGGAAAAGCAAAAAAGGUGUAAUUAAUACAAAUAAAAGCAACUGUUACAUUUACCUGA